CCAAGAUCAAUUUUCCCCCAAAAUAACAAAAUGCCAACAGACAACGAUGCGAGACCUCUGCUUUUAACCGGAGGAGGAAGGAGUUCGACGAGGAGACAAGGGCUGAGAGAAGCGGCGAGGUUACUAAGACAUGCAAGCAGCGGGAGGAGGAUGACGACGAUGAUCAGAGAGCCGUCGAUGCUGGUUCGUGAAUCAGCGGCUGAGCAGCUCGAGGAGAGGCAAAGCGAUUGGGCUUACUCGAAGCCCGUUGUGGUUCUUGAUUUCGUCUGGAACCUCGCUUUCGUGGCCGUUGCUACGGCUGUUCUCGUGCUUAGCGGCGCUGAGAAGCCCAAUACGCCCCUUAGGGUUUGGAUUGUUGGGUAUGGGUUGCAAUGUGUGAUGCAUAUGGUCUGUGUUUGCGUUGAGUAUCGUAGGAGGAGUACGAGGAGGAGAAGUAGUAGGAGUUCAAGCUCUUCUUCUUCUAUGGAGGAUCAUUACUUGUUGGGCCUAGGACAAUUAGAUACUGAACGCAAAAGUUUUACUAAGCAUUUGGAGUCUGCAAAUACUAUGUUCUCGUUUAUAUGGUGGAUCAUUGGAUUCUACUGGGUAUCUUCUGGUGGCCAAGAGUUAGCACAAGGGUCCCCUCAGCUUUACUGGUUGUGUAUAGUCUUUCUUGGUUUCGAUGUGUUCUUUGUGGUUUUCUGCGUUGCACUGGCUUGUCUUAUCGGCAUUGCUGUUUGCUGCUGUUUGCCUUGCAUCAUUGCGGUUCUUUAUGCAGUGGCAGAACAGGAAGGAGCUUCUAAAGAAGACAUUGACCAACUUACUAAGUUCAAAUUCCGAAAGGUUGGUGAGUCUGAGAAACAUUCUGUUGAUGAAGUACAACCACAAGGAGAUUCAGGCGGAGUUAUGACUGAAUGUGGUACUGAUUCACCCCUCCAACACACUCUUCCUCAUGAGGAUGCAGAAUGCUGCAUUUGUCUUUCGGCUUAUGAAAACGAAACAGAGCUAAGGGAACUUCCUUGUGGCCACCAUUUCCAUUGUAGCUGUGUGGACAAAUGGCUGUACAUAAACGCUACUUGUCCUCUCUGCAAAUACAACAUCCUCAAGGAUAGCAACUAUGAAGAUGGCGAGGAAGUCUAG